AGUUCCACACACUCACACACCGCACACUUCACCAAAGGACUUUUUUGACACGAUGCAGAAGCUGCCAUAUUGAUGAGAAAUACUCUCCCGAACGUUGCGGAAACACUACUUCAGCCUUUCGGAAUCGGAUCUGCGAGGCGGGGGGAGUAUUUUGAGUGGGUUUGGUAGUUUGGGUGGGCAGAAGCUCAAAGAGAGAAGUGCCAACUUCCUGGGCUCCUUAACCUCCUUGCCCAGUGCCAUCGCAUCAAGGCGGGCCCGAGCUUCCCAGGAGGAACUGGGACAGUCUGAGGUCAGCAAAAGACCAGGAGGGCAUCCACGUAGUCAGGGUGGAGAGAGUGCCAAGGAGACUAGGCAGUGUCAGAAUCGAGUUUCGGAAACUGAAAGGCUGAAAUCACGCCCUGAAAACAGUCAGUGUCACAAUAUCCCCAAUAGCCAACAACAAACCAGUCCUGCAAUCGUGACUGCUGCAGAACAGAAACUCCCUGACUGGGCUGAGGAUAUUUUAAAUACCUUCCUAGACAAAGGGAGUCCCAACCCUCCACUGCCUGUGAAACUCCAGCCCCAGGAAUCCACGGUCAACCCUCCUGGUGCUGUCCCUGAGCAGAGUCCGGGGGGGAGCUGUGAAUUGCUGUCGGUGAAGAAACAAGCCCGGGAUAAAACAGCACCCGCCAAACCUGCAAAGACUAAAUACGACAUUAUCAUCACACUGACCAAAGAGGAAGGCUGUGGGGGCAGGAAGGGGGAGCAGGAUGCAGUAGGGUUAGACCAGCAGGAGACAUCUGUCACAGGGAGAGUGAGACCAAGUCAGGCCAAUAUGACUGAGCGACGCCUAUCGGAUCAAGGUAGACCUGUUGGGCAGGUUCCUUUUGCCCACACUGUGGAAUGUCAGGGGAAUGCGGCGGCUGCUCUGAACACACCUCUCAGUAUCAGUUACUAUUCCGGUCCAGGAUACAGAGUAGGAGAACUCUCGCAACAUCCAAGAGAACACAUCACAACUUUUCAACCCCGUCUCAGCCCGAGGGAUCCAGGCUACAGCCGCUUCCUCCAGCUAUCCUACAACCUUCAGACUGACAGCAAAACAAUCCUUCCGAGGUUGACAAGUUUGCCAAGGUCCCUCCAGCAAGCACAAGGCUUAGAAAGUGGCCUAGACAAUACGGAAAAAUUGGCAGGUGAGAACAGUGAGUCAACAAAUACCAGGAGCCAACUACAAACUGAAACUACUGACUGCCUCUCCGGACUCGCGCCUUCUGAAAUUGUGAGGGGCCCUGAUUCCUCACAGAUUACAAACGGUACAGCGCAACUCCAGAGUAACGGAGGGUUCCGUGCCACCGAGAGAGCUACUUCAGGACCGUCAGGUAGCUCCUUGCAAAGGAGCACCACAAAUCCGAAGCACACUGAUUCUCAGACAUCCACUGCACAGGGAGACGCUGUUGUGACUGGUGGUGAUCUCCCGCUGCCUGGCAAUCCAACAGAGAGCAGCAAUACAGUGAAUAGUGACAGUCGAAGCCCCAUGAAUUCAGCAGGGUACGGAGGGAGAAAUGGAAGCGUUUCAGCUCAGCAGCCCAGCAACGAGCCUCCGUUUGGCCAAGGCGAUGUGUUCCAGACUGUGAAAUCCUCUGGACGUGCUCUCAAUGCACAGAACCCUGAUCACAAUGGCCUGGUUUCGAUUACACCACCCACUCCCAACAGUGAGGAAAGGGCACCUGCCACUUUGAAAUCGGAUCAGCUUCCUGAGCGACAGCCAAUUAAACUUACUUCCGCAAGUCCUGAAAUUGGGUCACUUCAAAACUCUGUAAAAUGCACUGCAGACUCUCUCAAGAUAGACACCACAGAAAAGCCUGUUCUCCAUUCUACAGGAGCCCUUGUCAAUGAUCCUGUGGAAAACUCCAAACAGGCUGGAAGCUCCAUAGCACUUGAUAGUGAGUCUCGAGCACAGACUUUCAAAUUCACACCCAUGAAGGCCGGACAAGAGGAAAUUGUUGAACAACAACUCCAAACUUCUAGAAACCACAUUUUAGAAAAUGAUCUGUCUCCUAAUAAUGUUUUCAUUCCCAAUCAAACAGAGAAAUGGUCCACCAAUGUCACUGACGACACUGAUAAUCUAUCAGAAAUAGAUGGGUUUGUAGACACCAUUCGGAACUUGGACUCCCCCAUGAUCUUGAGCCGUAACAAAGGUCCUAGGAACCAGAGGGCACAUUCCCUCUCCUCUUCUUUUUCCACACUGCCUCCCAUAGAAGAGGAUCAAACCAAUCCAAAGAAUUCCCUACCUUCUUCAUCAGACGGUGAGAAACCACAGCAGCUGAAAGAUGCUCUCGAUGGAAAAGUCUUGCCAAGCCUGCCCCCACAGCCUGUUUCACCAGCCCCUCAAAUCAAUUUCUCAAAGACUCUGAGAAAGGAAAUUCUCACCCCCAUGGAGAUGAUGAAGACACAGCUGGAGGAUAAACCCAGAAUUGGGACCUGGCACACUUCAGCAGACAAUGGUAUUAACUCCCAAUCAGAUCUCCUAGGAAUGACCAACUUGGAAUGCAAUGCAGAUUUGGAAAACAAAGAACCUUUUGGAGCAGAAAGCAGGUGGUCUCGACUCAGCAGCAGCUUGUUGUACUACAACAUUAAGAAGUCAACAGAGUCUUUCUCUAGCAGAUCAUUGGACCUGAAAUCAUCGAGUGCAAAUCCAAUAAGUCCCUCAACCAGAUCUCCAAAUCACUUACAAAGAAGUUUGUCACAUGAGGGUGUCACCAUGACAACAUUGACCCCUGACCAGCUCCCUAAACCAACUUUCCUUGCUGGUAUGAUUGAUGGUAAUGUGGAGAACACUCGAAGGCCCAGUCUACCAACCAGCAUUUCUGAAAAGCUGAUGGCUGGAUACUCCAGUCUGACAGACAAUAACAAGAAUCUUCAGUCCCGCAGAAUAUCGUCUGAUUUUGGCCAGCGCACUAUGACCAACGAAGCUCCAAAAAAAAUCACGGCUUUUCCAGAUGUAUGGAAAAAGACACCAAAGGAUCAAGGAAAGAUUAACAAACGACCCGGCAAGAUAAUCAUUUACGACAAGCCAAACUUCACUGGUUUUCAGAGAGAAAUUAUUUGUGAUGUGCCUGAUUGCUCAUCAUGGUCAUUUCCUGCUGUCAUUUCAGUAAGAGUUAUUCGAGGAUGCUGGGUGUUCUAUGAGAAGCCAGAUUAUAAAGGGAAGAAGUUCAUAUUUGAAGAGCAGGACGUGAAGUUGGCGGAUCCCUGGAGAGAGGAAGUUGAAGAAGAGACUGAAGAUCCUGACUCCAAUCCAUCUCCUAUCAAACCCAUCAUCAUUGGCUCCCUCAAAAGAGUAGUCAGGGACUACACCAUACCAGAAAUAUCUUUGUUCCCAGAGGCCGAUGGUGAGGGGAAGAAGCUGACGUUCCACUGUGAAUCCGAGGAUAUUCGGAUAUUUGGAUAUCCACCAAGAACAACCUCCAUCAUUGUCAAUUCUGGACUGUGGUUUGUUUACUCUGAGCCUUUCUUUGAAGGCCAGCAAAGUGUUCUGGAAGUGGGUGGCUAUCGAACACUGGAGGAAUGGGAAGCAGAGAAACCACAAGUGGGAUCCCUGAUACCUCUACAAAUGGGUCCGCCCAGGGUGGAGAAGCCUAAUGAACCAAUGGUCACCAUUUUUGAGAAGAUGUACUUUUCUGGGAGAAGCAGAGAUGUGUACAAUGACUCCUCAGACUUCCUGUCCAGAUACCCCAACACUGGUGCUGCCCUCUCUAAUGCUGGUUCCAUUAAAGUACAUGGGGGAAUAUGGGUUGGCUACUCUAAGGAAGGGUUCAGGGGUCAUCAGUAUCUCUUGGAAGAAGGCGAGUUCAUGGACUGGAGGACAUGGAGUGGCUGUGAUGAGGAUUUGAAGUCACUGCGCCUCAUCCGGGCAGAGUUUUUCAACCCCGCGAUUGCUCUGAACAACAGAAUUGACGAUGAAGAAAGUGAUCCAAUUAUGAUCACUGAGUCCAUCCCAGACCUGGAGCUGGUUGAUGUCGAAAACCACGUACAAUCCAUGAAAGUUAUGAGUGGAGUAUGGGUGGCUUACGAAGGUGUCAAUUAUUCCGGAGCUCAGUACAUUGUCGAGAAAGGAAUUUACCGGAAUCCUCAGGACUGGGGUGCCCAGAAUUGUAAGAUUAGCUCCCUGCACCCUAUCUUACUGGUGGAGCCAAGCAAUCCGCAACUCCACUUGAAGAUAAAGGCCUAUGCAGAGGUGGAAUUCGGUGGACGCUGCAUGAUGCUUGAGGGGGACAAGAUGGGGCUCCCAAAAGAUUUUAAGAUGCAGUCUUGCAGGGUCCUAAGUGGCAGUUGGGCGCUGUAUGAGGGCCAGGAUUACAAUGGGAGAGUCUUUGUGGUUGGUGAGGGAGACUAUCCAGACCUCCCAUCGAUGGGCUGCAGGGUGACUGCCCACAUCCGAAGUGUGAUGGCCAUACCGCACGUCUUCUCCGAGCCUUCAAUCACUUUAUACAGUUUGGAGAACUUUGAAGGAAAGGAGAUUGAACUUGACUCUGAAUUGAAGAAUCUGGUCUCCGACGGUUACAAUAAUCUGGUUCUGUCCCUCCGUGUCAGUGGUGGUGUCUGGGUGCUGUAUGAGCACAGCAACUUCCGAGGUCGCCAAGUGCUCCUGGAGCCCAUUGAGAUUUCUAACUGGCCCAAAUACAGUGGCUUCUUGAGGAUUGGAUCCUUAGCACCAGUCUCACAGAAACCUGCAUUUUUCCACAUCAAGAACAAAGAGACAAAUGACCUCCUGUCGGUCACUCUGUGUCAGGAGGAUGUGAAGUCUGGACGGGUCAUUGUGGCUGCAGAGAAUACGGAACUGGAGCAGCUCUGGUUCUAUGAGAAGGGGCUGCUGAAACCCAAAUUUGCUCCAGAACUGAGCCUCCAAACCAUUGGCGCAUUGAGUGAGACUGGCACAAAGGUUGUGCUUUGGUCUGAGAAGCGGGUGCCAAGGCAUUGUUGGACAUUUGAAAGGAGUGGAACAAUCCAGAGCGUCUUGUACAAGGGACUUGUACUCGACAUCAAAGGUGGCAAGUCUUACGAUCGGGACAGUGCGAUUAUCUGUAAACACGACGAGGAGAAUCCGCUCCAGCAGUGGGAGAUUCAGAUGCUUUGAAAACAGAAACUGCUAAGGAGCACCCUGACACACACACACACACACACAUACACCCAUGGAUAAACCACCACCACCACCCCACCCCCCACCACCCACCUCCCCGAUCAGCCACGUUCACUGCUUAUCAGGAACUGAACAACUCCUCACCGUGACACCGGGGAUUACUCUCUUACAAACAACUGCCCUCUCAGAGGCAGCUUCCAUACCCACUGGAUGUCACUGUGUGUGAUGUCCCAUUGCUACCGCAUUGACUCUUGUUCUCCACUUUAUGCAUAGAGAGCCUCAGAGAAUGGGGCGGGGGAGGGCUGAGGAUGUAGGUGAAAGGUAAGAGAGUCAGAAGGGGGCAGAACUUUCACAGUGUUUUUCUAUAUAAGCAUGUUAAUUCAUUGAGUGUUUGGGAAUACUGACUCAGAAUUCCAAGGGGAAGGAAUGGGACGGAGUGGUCUGGAGUUAGAGGGAACUCUUUUUCUUUCACAAAACAACACCUCAUUGCAACUUAAGUGCAGUUGGGCUGUAGUCAUGUCGGUGCAGUGUCUGAGUUUUGUACAAGAUUGGGAGGGGAAAGGGUUUACACGAUAAGAAUUUCAGAGGAGGGCUGGUGGGAUUUUCUCUGGUCAGAUUUCAGACGGUGUGUGGCAGGAAGUGAACUCGGGUACCACACCGCCCUGUGACCCAACAUUUUAACUCCCCCUCCCACUCAGCCGAGAACACGGAGGUCCUGGGCCUGCUUCACCCCCGCUCCCUCACCACUCGAUGCCUGGAGUAAGAAUGCCUCAUCUUCCGCCUCGGAACACUUCAACCCCAGGGCAUCAAUGUGGACUUCAACAGUUUCCUCAUUCCCCCUUCCCCCACCUCACCCUAGUUCAAAACUUCCAGCUCAGCACUGUCCCCAUGACUUGUCCUACCUGCCUAUCUUCCUUUCCACCUAUCCACUCCACCCUCUUCCCUGACCUAUCACCUUCAUCCCCACCCCCAUUCAACUAUUGUACUCUAUGCUACUUUCUCCCCACCCCCACCCUCCUCUCAUUUAUCUCUCCACCCUUCGGGCACUCUGCCUUUAUUCCUGAUGAAGGGCUUUUGCCUGAAACAUCGAUUUUCAUGCUCCUCGGAUGCUGCCUGAACUGCUGUGCUCUUCCAGCACCGCUCUAAUCCAGAAUCUGAAGUAGCUCAACCUUUCUGUUUGGUAGCUUCACAGGUUCAGUCUAUUCUCUUUGUAUGGGAGACACUGGCACGUACAGGGAGUUCACAGCACUGACAUUCACAAAGGCUCGAGUUUCAUUUUUAUUCCUGUGUUUCUGAGGUUUGCUUGAUUCUAGUUCCCAAUCCCAUUUAGGAUUUACAACUCUGAAUUCAUCAUAUCAUCAGGUAUACCAACAGGAAUAGGCCCUUCAGCCUACUCAUACCGUUCAACAAGAUCAUGUCGGGUCUGAGAAUGGCUUUAGCUCCACUUUCUGCUUGACCCCCCCCAUAACCUUUAACUCCACUGUUGUCAAAAAUUGGUCUAACUCCGUUUUGAGGGCGUGACCCAGCCUCCACUGCUCCCUGACUAAAGAAUUCCAAAGGCUAAUGAGGGUAAACAUUCCUUCUCAUCUCAUUCUGAAGUGGGAACUCUCAUUUUUAAACUUUUCCCAUUAGGUCUGGGUUCCCCAAUAAUCAUAAAACCCCUACAGUGAGGAAGAAGGCCAUUUGGUCCAUGAAAUCCUCACUGAUCCUCUGAAGCAUAUUCCACCCCCCAACUUUCCCUGUAAUCCUGCAUUUCCCAUGGCUAAUCCACCUCGCCUGCACACCUUUGGACUCCCAGUGUAUGCCUUCAGUCCUUCUCAGAAUUUUAAGCCUUAACUGGAUAUUCCUCACUCUCCAGUAGACCCCCCAACUUAUUCAACCUGUCAUCAUUAGGCAAUUUCUACAUCCCAGCAACCGGCAAAGUGAGCUUCCUUUCUGAACUUAGCUUCAACUCAGCAUGGUAUCCCUGGGGAAAAUGCCAGUGCAACUGUACCCCUCCCCCUAACCAGGAGAGAGUCAGUAUCAGUGCAACUGUUAUCACCCCCACCCCAAGAUAGAGUCAGUGCAACUGUAUUCCUCCCCCCGAAGAGACUGUCAGUGUCAGUGAGACUGUACCACUCCUGAUCCCCUCCAUGAAACUGUCAGUGUCAGUGAGACUGUACCACUCCUGACUCCCUCAGUGAGUUUGUACCACUCCCACCUCCCCUCUCUGUGAGUGUCAAUGUCAGUAAGCCUGUACCAGUCCCGCCCCCUCUGUGAGACUCAGUGCCAGCGAGACUGUACUACUCCCACCUCUCCCCCACCCCCUGUGAGACUGUACCACUCCCACCUCCCCCCCACCCCCCGUGUGACUGUACCACUCCCGCCCUCCCACCCCCUGUGAGACUGUAUCACUCCCACCCCCUCUCCGUGUCAGUGCCAGUGGAAUACAGAAAGCUGACUGUGUGGUGCUGCUGCUGCUCUUUAAGCAAAGCCCUCCUCAUUUCGGAGUUUGUUAACACUUUGAUAUUAUCCAAAAUAUUCAAGUUCUAAUAUGAUUUGUGAUGCUGGGACAUAAACAUUGCACCCACCAAAUGUUUUACAUAAUGGAGACACCAAGUAAUAGCUUUGAUUGUAGAGUUUUAUAAGCACAAUAAAUUUUAUAUGAAAAGGAUCAGGAAUUCUGUGUAAAGAUGGGUAAA